AUGGGCCCCUUCUCCAUCGUGUCCCGUCUUUUCCUCGAUGUCGGGAUCUUAUCUUGGGAUAUCCUCCUUACGCUAUCCAAUCUCGUGAGGAGGAAGCGUCGCAUCGGCCAUGUCACACCCCAGGGCCACCCAGGCUAUGGGAAGUACUGGCCCGAGUAUAGGCCUCCCAAAGAGACCGACUCCCGCUGCUCUUGCCCUGCACUCAAUGCGAUGGCCAACCAUGGUAUCAUCCCACGUAGUGGCCGCAACAUCUCGUUUGUCGAGGUUGGCCAUCAUAUCCGGGCGACAUACAACUUCAGUCCUACCUUCUGCUCAUUUGUGCCGCGAUUUGCCGCUCGCAUGCUUAAGAAAAACUACAGCGAGGACUUAUUUGAUUUGGAAGAACUUGACCUACAUAAUGGUAUUGAACACGACGGAUCCCUCUUGCGCCUCGAUUCUGCUCUCGAACAGACGCAAUCAACAAAGCAUACACCUUUCAUUGAAGAGUUACUCGCGGCGGCUACCGGCAGCGACAAAGAAGACAACACUGUCAUUACUACCAAAGAUCUCUCCAGGAUACUCGGCAAGCGGCGUGCAGUCGCACGCGCAGUAAACAAGGAGUUCUCCCUCAGCCUUUUCCACAAGAUCUUUGGGAGCGCGAAUGCCGCGACCCUAAUCACUGUCUUUGGAGGCCGUGUGGACGACCUCCAUAAUUUCCUUCAUGAAGAACGACUCCCAGAGGGCUGGGAGUCCCACAUCCGCCAACCUCACGGAAUAACUAUGAUGCAAUUAAACAAGACCAUACUAGGAAUUGAGCUUCGUGUGCGCGAGCAGGAUUGGGCAGAGGCCGUACGGGAGGCUGCAGAAUGUCAUGAAGCUUCUGUUUGA